CCGGAAGUGGGGCAAAUGAUAGGAGCGCAUGCGCGCGGUUCCGCCUUAAAGAUUCGUCAGUAUUCGAAUCGCGGCGUCGGUAGAUAGCGCUGCGGUGGCCGGCUACUUCGUUAGAGGCAGAGACGUUCCUCUCCAGCAACAUCGAGAUCCAGUUUCCCUUAAGCCGCUCUCGCGCGUUUGUCUGUUCUCGUCGCGUUCGCGUCGUGUCCUACCGAUUAUUUUCUCCUUCCUCCCCCCUCCCCGCCCGCGCACGAGAUCGUCGACACGGUAGAGAGCCGCGCGGUAUACACACGGACGUGUCGUCGUAGCACCGAGUGUCCCGCUUUUAAAAGUAAUUGCCCGGUGCCGAGCCCCAGGAUGGCGUUCAACGGAGACGGACCACACUCCAAGAGGCAGCGACUCGAAGAAUCUGGUCACAGGAAUCACGAGUAUGGCGGGUACGGAGACGAGCCGCGACGUAAAAGAGAAGACAAUAAUAAACCAAACCACGUUCUCCUUUUCACAAUUAUUAACCCGGUCUACCCCAUCACUGUGGAAGUGCUGCACACGAUCAGCGCUCCCAGCGGCCAAGUACAACGCAUCGUUAUUUUCAAGAAGAACGGCGUUCAAGCGAUGGUGGAGUUUGACUCAGUGGAAUCGGCGACGAGAGCGAAGGAGACACUUCACGGAGCGGACAUAUACUCCGGUUGCUGCACAUUGAAGAUCGAUUUCGCCAAGCCCACCAAACUGAACGUAUACAAGAACGACGCAGAAAGCUGGGAUUACACGACACCAACGCUGGGAUCGAGCGCGCACAAAAACGACGCGACAGGAAAUGGAAGGCCGGCUCCCCUUUUGGCGGAACCCAGAUACGGCGCCGCGCCACAGCCAUACGGAUCCACGCCACAGGUAACUUUCCCACCUGGUGCCGGUCACGAUCGUUACGAGGAGAAUUUCAAUGGACCAGCCACGUAUGCGGAGCCGUACGUGGAGCGUUACGGUAUUAAGAGCGAUUUCAGCGGUCGAGAACCAUUACAUCCUACGCCACCUCGACCUGGUUACGUGCCCACCUUGGGGCAGACGCCACCUUCGAGCACGCAGGGUUCCGUGAUGAUGGUCUACGGGCUGCAACCGGAUAAAGUCAACACGGACAAACUGUUCAACUUGUUCUGCCUGUAUGGAAAUGUAACCAAGGUGAAGUUCUUGAAGACGAAAGAGGGCUGCGCAAUGAUCCAGAUGGGCGACAGCAUAGCCGUGGAACGUUGCCUACAGAAUCUGAACAACGUGACGAUCGGCACAGACGGAAGGUUGCAGCUCGGUUUCUCGAAGCAGGCUUUCCUCUCGGACGUCACCAAUCCCUACAUUCUGCCCGACAAGACGGCGAGCUUCAAAGAUUUCACAGGAAGCAAGAAUAACAGGUUCCUAAAUCCAGCGAUGGCCAAUAAAAAUAGAAUACAACCACCCUCAAAGAUAGUCCACUUUUUCAACACGCCCCCGGACUUAACCGAGGAGACCGUGCAUCGCGUGUUCGUGGAACGCGGUAUCGAGGCGCCGACGACGGUAAAACUGUUCCCCCUUAAAUCGGAACGAUCGUCGUCCGGCCUCAUCGAGUUCAGCAGCGUCGGAAUCGCGGUAGCCGCCAUCAUGGAAUGCAAUCACACAGCAUUGGAAAACAGCAAUGGCAAAUUCCCAUACAUAAUGAAACUGUGCUUCUCGUCGUCCCGCACCAUACCAACGAGUUUCCCGCCCAGCAGCGGCAGCACGUCGAGCAAUUCCGCCGGUAAUGGCCACGUCAAAAUGCAGCAGGACUCGGAAUAGAACGGCGAGGUCCAGGGCCAGCAGCGUCAGCGUCAGCGCCAGCGUCCCUCUCUCGCCCUGCACCCGUUGUGUGCCCCGACGGGCACGGCCCUGCACCCAGCCGCAGCGAUUACACUCUCCCCGGUCUUACCGCCGCCCGUGCCGCCUCCCCUGCCGCCCACCUGCGUUCUGAUCGCCACUCCAACUCUCUAUCCUACCGUGCCACCGCCACCACCGCCUCCGUUGCCUACGUUCUGGCCGUACUGAUGAGAAGAGCAGCGGGCCUACUCGCCGGACGAGGCAGCAAAAGACGGAAAAAGAAAAGAAAAAAAAAAAUAUAUAUAUAUAUAUACAUAUAUACAUAUACAUGUAUGUAUACACAUAUGUGUGCAUAUAUGUGUAUAUAUGUGUGUGUGUGUGUGUACGUGUGUGUGUAUGUGUGUAUGUAUGUGCGUAUAUACGCCACGCGCUUGUCCUCGAAUAUUCAUAUUCUACUACUGCUGCUGCUGCUGCAUACUGAAUAUCCUUUUAUUAUCGACUACCGUCGCUAUUCCUCCUCGCCGCGUGGUGACCAAAUCUCUGGCAAAGAUCAGACGCUGGUCGCUGGAAGAAGAAUCGGUUCCGUUCGGGGGUCAGCGGGCCGGAACUCGGCCUCGAUCGAGGGUCGAGAGGUAAUAAAUAAAUAACUGAAUAAAGGGAAAAAAAAGAAAAAAAAGAAAAAAAAAGAAAGAAAGAAAGAAGGAAGGAAGGAAGGAAUCUGGCUCGGAGUGGUUCUCUCGCUGGAAAAUGUGAUCGCGGCGUCGUCGGCGGGAUCUCAUCGUCGUCGACAGGGUGGAACGUGGCUGGCACGAGCGAGCUACUACGAAGGUCAUCGAGGAUCGUCCGCAUGGCUGGAUCGAAAUGAAAGAGUUUAUAUAGGAAGGCGAGAGAGACAUCGAGGGGCAUCGAUGUCUGUCUUCUACUUAUUUUUCUUUUUUAUCAUCUCUCCUUUACUUUUUGCCCUCUCUCGAUCACCGAUCUACGCACUCUUCUUUCUCCUCUUCCGUACAUUCAUUCUCUGUAUAUUCUCCUUCUUUUUUUCUUCUUUCUUUCUUUCUUCUUCCUUUUUUUUAUCUUCUAUCAUUUUUCGUUUCGAUCUCAUCCCCCAUCUCUUUCGUUUCUUCUUUCCUCCUUGCGUUGCUUUCGGCGAGGUCCGGGUAUACGUGCUUAAUCCGUGUUGCGGAGAUCCCGUUACCGUCAGUAGUGUGUCAGUAUUAACAACGGAACGAAUCCUCGACCGUAUCGUUAGAAUUCGUUGAGAAAAACGGAGAGCGCCGUUCUUCUUUCGCUCGAGGAACGACAAGGAAUGCCGAGGAUUCGAUUCGUAACCUUCGUGGAAGCUUGUUUCCUUCUGUUAGACGCGGGGAUCGAUCGUGAAGAAUUGUCUUGUGUGUGUAUAUAUAUAUGUAUGUAUAUAUAUAUAUACACAAAGAAAGAAGAGAGAGAGAGAGAGAGAGAGAGAGAGAGAGAGAGAGAGAGAAACCUAGUGUCUAAUGGGAGGUUGGUCAUGGUGGGCACAGAUUACAUAUCAAGGGGCUAGGGAAGCGAGACCAAUACCUUUUCACGAGCAACUGUCGAGCAAUUGUCGUCGUCGUGUAACGACUUCACUCGUUGUCGAAAUAUUUGAAAAAAAUGUUUAGAGGAAAAAAGAAAAAAUAUAUAUAUAUAAAAAUAUAAAAAAGGAAUAAAUAAAAUCGGCGAUCCCUCGCGAAGCUGGCAGACCACAGAACACAGAACAGUUGCUUCUACGCGUUGAUCCAGCGCGUAUAUAACGUAAUCACGUAUCGCACAGCGGCAAAUCAUUACGUGUUCUCCACCAUUGUUCGUUUCCGUGGCACGUGGUACGAGCUCUAACCACGUCUCUUUUACGUGCACAUUUUUAAACCGGGGAAAUAAGAAAGAAAGAGAGAGAGAGAGAGAGAGAGAAGAGAAAGAGGAAGGGAAAAACGAUGAAAAGGAAGAAGCAAACCAGAAAAAGACACCUCCACGAUCUCGAAGCCGAGUGCACCACCGCGUUCCUCGUUGACCAUUUCUCAUGGGAUCCAAAAUAAAUCGGAGGUUCCUCAUCGACCAUUAUAGAAGAUACAACUAAUUGGAUACAAUUAUCUGAGAGUGUUCAGGGGAUCUGGAUCAAUCGUGCACGCGAGUAUGUCCGCCUAUAUAUUAUGAAAAACAUAAGAUAAACUGCUCCGUCACGACGAA